AUGGAGGAGAUGAGAAAUAGUACAAUAAGGAAGAUGAACCAUAAUACAGAUGGUGCAGGUAAGGAUACAUUAAUAUGGAUGAUUAUGAAUCUCCCUCGAGACAUUAUUUUUGAUAUUUUGUGUAGACUUCCAAUAGAAUCUGUACUCCAAUGCAUGAGCGUAUGCAAGCUCUGGUCUACCUUUCGAUAUGAUUCUUAUUUCAUCAACCUCCACUUCACUCAAUCCAUGAUGCAUCCACCAACCACUCUUGUUCUUAGACCUUCAUUACUAAUAUCACCAAACGAUAACUUGACAAGGAUGAGUAGCCUACUUAUGGUGAGUCCAGAUGGAGAAGCUGGUGGUGAAUGGAAAGCCAGAUGCAUACCAAUGGGUUUUGAACUGAGUGGGAGUUACCUUGAUAUUGUGGGUUCUUGCAAUGGCAUUCUCUGCAUAGCAUCAGUGGAGGGUGCUAAUGGUCAAAUCUGCCUCUUUAAUCCCAUUACAAGACAGAGGUUUAUGUUGCCCAAAUCACAUCUCUUUUUGCCCCCCACAAAUUCAAGGCCAAUGAAUAUUAUUGGUUUUGGAGUUGAUAGCUUAACCAUGAAAUAUAAAGUGAUCCGGGUUUCUGAGUUACCUAACAAGGAUUUUAGAUGUUGUGAGAUAAUUACAGUGGGUGAAAGUUCAUGGAGAAAGUUAGAAGGGUUCCCAAGAUUACCACAAAAUCGGUAUAUGACAGAUACAGUGUUUUUGAAUGGAACCUUCUAUUGGCCGACACAUUAUUUGGAUCAUCCCUACGGUGAUUACAUUCUUGGGAUUGACGUUGACACUGAGAAGUCUUGGACCAUUGAUGAUUGUUGUCCUCAAUCUAGAGUGGCUAUAGUAAGAAGAUCUUUAAUUCAAAUUGAUGGGUCUCUUGCUAUAAUUGAUUAUCACAAAUAUUCCAUGGCUGUUGAUGUAUGGUUAAUUAAGGGUGGUAAGACCAUGGGGUUCUCAUUUACUUUAACUACUUACGAUAUGUCGGGAAUAUACCAUUGGGGAAGAAUUUACUCAGUAAUGGCUAAAUAUGGAGACGAUAUAUUCCUGCUAAAUAUAUUGAGAUAUGUGAAAGGAAAGCCUCAAAUUUCCCUUCUUCUCUACUCUCCGGUGAAGAAGCAGCAGUAUUUAUAUGUUGAAGGAGGACUUUGGAAUCUAAGGCUGGGAAAUUGGAUGGUGCCCUCCCUCAAGGCUCUCAAUCUUUGA